GCCCUGAGCCUCGGCCAUGUCCGAACCACGCCACCGUUCCGAACCUCUCUGGCUUCUCUGCUACAAAAGGGAACCCCCCCUCCCCCGGGUCUGAUCCUCUGUCGUUUGCAACCUUCGGCCGUGACCUUCGCCGUCGUCGAUCUCCCAACCUGAGGCGCCAGGGAGCAAGCGCCUCCUUUGUGUGCCGCCCGGUUCGCGCAGCCGCCGACGUCCUCGACGACUCCUCCGGCCUCUCUCACCACCGGCAAAGCUCGUCCUCCCGCGACCCCUUGGAAUCGCCCGAGUGAUCUCCGAGAAUGUCGACCACCACCAGCACCCUUAAGAUGAAGCUCCUUAUCGACACCAAGGCAAACCGUGUGCUGUUCGCGGAGGUAGAUAAGGACGUCGUGGACUUCCUCUUCUCCCUGCUCGCGCUGCCAGUCGCCACGAUCGUCAAGAUGCUCGGCAAGGGAUCCAUGUUCGGAAGCUUUGGCAACCUCUACCGCAGCGUGGAGAAGCUCGAUGACACCUACGUCCUGCCCGGUGCCGACAAGGAAGCAGUUCUCCAGCCUAAGGUCGUGCCAUCGGCCGCGAGGUCGCUCCUCUUGCCGGCCCCGUCAUCUGCGCAGGCAAUGAGUUUCUUCAGAUGCAGCUACCCCGCCUUUACCAGCUGCUACAACAACGUGACGGACGCGAGGGGUACCAAGUGUCCGAGCUGCUGCAGCAACAAGAUGAAUACUGCACUCAAGUUUGUAGCUCCAGUAGCUGAAGGCUCCUCCACGGGAGCAGGCAAAGGGCUUGUGAAGGGAGUGGUGACGUACACGGUGAGGGACGACCUCACGGUGACGCCCAUGUCCACCAUCUCCAGCAUGACAAUGCUCAACACCGCGGCGGUGACUGACUUCACCGCGCUCCAGGAGAAGACCGUGCGGCUUGGCUACACCGAGGGUCUGCAGAUUGUCAAGGCGUCGCUGCAGUCCAAGACCGUGCUCACCGACGUCUUCCUCGGCAACAAGCGUCCCCGCGGUGCUGCUUGAGCCUUGAAGUUGAAGGCUUGAAGCUCUUGCCUGUCCACGUGCGGCUGAGCAGCUCAUAUUCUGUGAUGACCCGUUAGACUCUUGCGCGAGUUGUAGUCGUGUUGGCAAUCCUGUGUGUUCUAAAAGCUUUGUAAUUGUAGGCGAUGACUCUCGUGGGUUGAGCAAUAAUCGAGUGCUUGUUUCUGUUUCA